CCUCUUUAUGGUACUUCGUCAUCUAGAAACAUAAUCCAAUCAGAUAACGCAGAGCUCCCGGCUCAGCCAAUCAAAGGCAGCGAUGAAGCUCUAUACGGAGAGAAGGAGGGUCCUGUCUGGUUGCCUAGUAACCGGUCAAACACCAUAUUGCUAGGAUGUCAAUGCGGAAGGUUUGGAUUUGUUUGGAUUUUAGCGGAUUUAUUAACUUUUUAAAGGUGUUAAUUAGAAUUCAGACAUACGUUAGAGAGACUUUACAAUUCUUUACGUAUGUAACUCUAGUUUGUGGGCUUUUACUCGAGUUUAAAUAAAAGUAUGUGUCGUUUGUUAGACGGAGGUACAGCUGUCCCGUUAUUGUACAUGUCGUGUUGAGGCUACUGAAAAGAAAUAGAUCCAAAGUUUACAUUUUUGUCUUUGUUGGAAUUAUUAAAAGGUUUUGCUUCCCAUCCGUUUAUGAAAUGCUGUGUUUUAAAUAGCCUAAUAUUUCAUUUUCAGGGCUUGACAUCUAAAGCAAACAGGGAGCUGGUGCUCACCUCAGUUGCUUUUCAUGACCACAUCACACGCACCUUUCUGCAUCCAGAUUUACUGACUGACCCUCUGCUAAGAUCAGACAGAAGACCUCACAGAAAUCCAAAAGCAAGACGAGCAUCAGACAGGAGUCAGCAAAGACAAGCUCAACAAGAAGAGAGGGAAUAUGUUCUUAACUCUGCUCCAUCUUCUUUGACAUUAGGUAAAACAAACUCUCUGGAAAAUUUGGAGUCCUUGAAUGUGUCUAAUGAAUAUAUUAUAGAGUUUUUUUUUUAUAUCCCGUAGCUCAGAAGUGGGGUUUGGUGGCUCCCCCUGCAGAAAGACUGACAGAGGAUGAAUGGAUGCAGGUCAAGGCGAGGUCUGUGAAGCAGGGGGAAUCAGCUCAGCCAUGUGCUAUAUGCAGGGAGGAGUUUCACCUUCAGCCCCAGGUAUUUCCCCCAACACAGUAGCUACUGUUAAUACUCUGUGAGAAAACACCGCCCGUCCUUUCUUUUAAUAUGUUUCCAGUGUCCUGUCUGUCCUCAGGGAAACCUGUGUUUCCGUAUGGGUACACACACAAAGCCCCCACACAGCCCACCUCCCCCCUGCAGUUCCUGUAUGUUCUAAUCUGUGUAGACAACUGUACAAAUUUACCCAUACUGCCUUGGAACUCAACUGUGACGUGAUGAUGUAGCAAUCAGUGUGUUACUGUGAGGGUCAUUCAGUCUUUUACACCUUUCCGAUCCCCUUUUAAGAUGCCAAUCUCCUCAAGAAUGCGGGACUAGAAUAGGCGGCCUCACAAAGCACAGUUGCCAUAGAUGCACGUGUAAAUAUUAGUUUGACUCAGGGAGGAAAAAAAGUUAAUUAGAGCCUGCUAACAAGAGAAAGUGACAAGAGGGAAUCUUUGUUGAUUUGGCAUUUUCCUGCAAGCCUUCAUAUUGUAACAAUGCAUUUGUGUGCUGCCGUGUCGUUGCAUUCAAGCAAUAAUAUGACAAUUAAAAAUGCUUUCAGCCGCAGUAGCACUAAAUCAGAAAACUGCCUUUUGUUUUUUUUUAAUACUUCACACAAAUUUUCUAAAAGAGACAAGAUGUGAGGAAAGAGUCAUGCUUCUGUUUUCUAUCAAAUUUGAGUUGGAUUUCUGUUUCUGUGUCUCUUGAGCUUGCAGUAUUGUGAAAUUUCUUGCUGCUUUAUGGCUUGUUGUGCUCCUGGAAAUUGUACACUGCAGGGGGUCCUUCAGUGGUGAUGGAGUGUGUUGGUCAGGCCAAAAACAAUGGGAAAUCAAUAUUCCCCCUCCCUCCAGGGAUCUGAGUAAACUGGCUUUUGUGCCAAGCUCCAUAGCUGUGGCUGGUUUCUUUCAGACGAUAAAAGCGCCCCUCUCACAGGUAGAGAAGACUACAGUUCAGGUCCCAGCUGGCCCACUGGUGGUCAUGCUGACUCCCUCUAUCCUUUCAGCAAAUAACACUUAAAGGCAGAUACGCACAUUCACAUAUGUGCAUGAAUACACACAGACUUAGCAUUUCUUAAGGCUCAUGAACACACACCACAUGCACAAUGGAGAGCACUUCAAGAAAGCCUGAAGCCAAUACACACUCAGGAACAUCCUCUGGAGACUUAACAACUCAUACAGUCAGCUUGGUUUAGAUGCUUGUUUUCAUUUACUCGUAUAUUUGAUACAAUCUCUAAUUCGAACAUACUUUUAUGUCUCUGUGUUCUUUUAGGUGUUGCUGUCCUGUUCUCAUGUUUUCCAUCGAGCCUGUUUGCAAGGCUUUGAGAGGUUUUCUAGAAGGAAGUGCUGCCCCAUGUGCAGAAAGGAGCAGUAUGAGACCAGGGUGAUCCAUGAUGCAGCCCGACUCUUUAGACACCAGUGUGCCACCAGGUACAUCCUCUAUGAAAACCCAUUGUGGUGCGAACAGAACAUUCUUAUUCACAACAUUGCACAGUAGGAAUUCAUCACAAAUCUUACCCAGUGGUUUAAUAAAAGACUUUUCGAGAAUAACAUACAAAAUACUGUUCAUGGUCCCAGGUGUUAAUCCAUCAUUAGUUCAAGAACUCUUGAUCAAGAAUCAGACAGAAUUAAAGAUGGUGGAGACCAGCUGUUUAAUAAAGUCAGGACAUUUCAUUGCAAAUGUUGUGUAUUUGCUUUAUGUCAUAAAUAAAGGUGUUAUCAAAUUUCUGAUCAUGCAGUUGCGCAUACAGUUAUAAUUCAAAGUAUUUUUACAUGGCUUGUCUAUAGUUGCUGUAUGUGGUCAUCUCAGAUGUAAUCAUGUGUCAGGAUAAAGUACAACUUGCUGAGAAAGGUAAUGUUGUUUUAAAUAAACAGUAUUAAAUCAGCCCAACAAAGGAAACUAGCAUCACACAAACAUCUCUGCAAAGCUUGAAUUCUGUUCAUUUUAAUUAAAUUUCACUCUUGUGAGAUGUUUCAGAGGAUGUUGUAAUGACUGUAUCUUUGUAUCUUUUCUGUAUAUCUGUGUGUGUUAAGAAUUCAGGCGGCCUGGAGAGGCUACGUGGCCCGAAAAAAGUACAAGAAACUGAGAAAAUCUGUCUGUCCGAAGGAUAAGAGACUGAGGCACAAAUUCUUUGAGGCAAAGGUGAGUUUGGACUUGUCGUCGGUGUAGAUAAUUUAGGAUGGUUAUCAUCCCUCAUGAAGUCACACCGCCCACUACAUGUCUCUUUGUGCUCUUUAUUCCAUUCAAACAUUUUAAAACUCUUUAGUCAGUCAAAUAAAAACUGGAGUAAAAACGUCAUCUUUAGGGUUGAGACCUGGGUUUCAGGGACUCUGUGACCCCACUGCCAACACACACACCUUCACCUGUUCUUACCCUCUUGGGCCCCUUUGAUGCUUUGUGAAUCACACACUGUUUGUCCAAUAGUGUUGAGAGUGUUUUGUUGUAGUCAAACAGUCUAGACCUUUCAAGGUCAACACAAAGCAUGAUUUGGGUCUGGUAUCCCUUCAUCUAUCUAAAUGUCUUGUGAGUGUGCGUUUUUGUGUGUUGCCCUGUUACUGGGUAUGAUGGGUGAGGGUGAAGAGGUGAGGUUGACCAGGCUGUCAUGUCAGGCUUUGUUCUCGUUACCUAUUUCAAAGCUAUAAAUCAUGCAACGACUGGGCUUGACAGAGGGAUUAUUUUCAAGUGGCCCAAAGUUGUUUGACUCUGAGGCUGAGUUGCCUUCAUGGUCUCUCAUAGGAAAAGGGAACAUUGCCACCUAGUGAACCUCCCCCAACCAAAGUCUUGGAUGACCAAAGACAAGACUGGUCACCACGUCUUUUUUUUUUUUUUUUUUUAACCAAAUAUCAGUUUUUUGCAGACUUAGUUUUCCAAUCCCUCCAUUAACCCUGCUUUAAAAUACUCAUAGCUCCAACACAUGUGUGGUGUGUUCAGUGUCUACAAGAACAGGGUCUAGUUGUCCUUUUGUGGGUUGUUCUAAUCAUGCAGAGUGCUCCUGCGCCCCAGAGGCUGAUUAAGCAAAAGUGACACACACAUGAGGCCACACUUUUAAUGUUUUCAAGGGUCUGAGAUUCCUACCCAUCCCCCUGUCCCUACCCAUCAUCAGGCCUAUAAACACAGCCUCAACAUGUCACGUAAACAAAGACACAGCAUUUACCGAGCCAAUUAAGUGUGUUCUAACACAUUAGGCCAUGUCCAGGUCCACACGCUGUGGAUGGAGUCAUAGCCGCUGUCAGUCACUUUACAUUCAGACUGUGUGAUUCAGUAGUUGUGGGUGGUCAUGAGAUUGUCUCAUGUCUUUUGUCACGCUGAGGAUGAUCUUCAAGAGCUUUGAGCUGCGCAACACAGCGCUGACAGGUCUGAUGGACCUGAUUUUCAAGGGAAAGACUUAUUUGCUUAGCUGACUGUAAUGCAAACAGGCGUGUCAGAGCUGAGCUGGAACCUGUGUGAGACGAGGAAACCUAUUCUUUCGGUUUUUCCUUGUAAAAGCAGGGGGGCAAUAAGGCAUCUUUGUACCGCCGGGACACAGGUGUUCCCUUGGAAAUUAAAAAAAAGGAAAAAAACUCCCAUGUAUCAGUCUGUUCAGAAUUCUUAUCAGCUGAUCCUGCUGCCCAGCUUUCAAUUUUUACUCUCUUUGGCGGUCCGACCCUGAGUCAACACAUUAAGGGUGACACCACCGACACAUAGAUGGAUUGCUGUGAGAUAACGCCGCUGUGCUUCUACAUCUCCUCCCUCUGUGUCUCCUCCUCUCCACAUCUCCUGUGGAGCAAAGGCAAAGUUCAGAGGAGGCUGUUCUGUUUGCCUUGACUGUCGAAAAGUCAGCCAGGCUCAUAAAACCCUCCAUCUCAGCGGUCAACAGUUGUUUAAUUAGUGAUAAAAGCCCCACCGUAAAGCAAUUCUGAUGCCACUGUGACAGGCUGAGGGAUAGGGUCUCUGUUUGUGUGUAUGUAAGUGUAGAUGAGUCAUAGAUGGAGAGACCAUGUACAUGUACCCAAGCAGGUGUAUUCCCAAGCUACAUGUACCAGCAACAUAACUGCUCUCUCCAGAUACAGUGCAACAGUCAAUGUAUCUGCAAAUCUAUUUCAUGCAAAGGUGCCCAUCACCCCCAACUCCAGCUUUGCAUUGACCUCUCAGCUUUUCUCUGUAUAUUUGAGAUUCAAGUUUGUUGAAAAUGUACAUGAUAUUAAAAUGGCAUUUUCAGUUUCUGGGUGUUAUAGUCUUUCUAUAUCUUUUUUUUUUCACAUGUCAUAAAUCAAGAAACCAAAUUAUUAAAAAAAUAUCAACAGAUGAGCCACAAACUGCAGUCUUAUAUCAGAGCAGUUGUGCGUUAUCACAUACAGCCGCUGAAGUACUAAAAGGACUUUUUAAAGGCAGAACUGUUCCUCAACAGUGGAUGUGGUUGUGGUUUGCUCUGUUGUCAUAGCGAUGGUUCAGUUGUCAUCACUGAAUACAAUGACGAUGAUGUUAGACGCUGAAUUUUCUGUUAAUUGGUCAACAACAUGGUGCUGUUGAAACCUAUAUCUAUAAAUAGCCUAUUGUCUAAUGAAUAUGUUUUUGAUAUAAACAUGCAUAUGCGGGCAUUAAUUGUUGCCUAGCAACAGCUGCUGUGAUGGGAGAGGACAGAUAAGGAGGACAGAAACUGGGAGAAAGUCUUUGAAACCUGUCAAUUUAAUAAUGAAAAGGGGGUGGCCCAAAUAAACACACAUCGUUUAGAAACUGGACUGUAUAAAGACUGAGGUUAAAGUUCAAUUACGCCAAACCUCACAAUAUGAAACAUGCAUUCUUAGUGCCUAAAUUCAUUAGAUGUUAUAGCUUAUAUUUAUUCAGUAAUUGUAUUCAACAUUGUUUUCACUUUAACAGUAACAAAGUGUUGCUGAUGAAAUACUGAACCUUUAUUUGUUGCAUUAAAAGUGGUAAAAUCUUAUCUAAAUGUAAAAUCCAACAGCCGUGGGAUCAAUCUAUAAACUACCCAGACAGAAAAUGUGUCAGAGAUGUGUGUAGUUCCAUGUUUCCCAACACUUUUUACUGGUUUCCAUUAAUUUUCCAUGUUAGUGGGAGACGUGACUGUAUUGAUCUGGCUGUUUAACAACUACACCCUGUCAGCGUGCCUCAGCCAUUACAAUACACACACAUGCACACACACGCAAUUAGCCUUAGCUGAAAACACGACUCUAUUGUGUAUCUGAAAGACACAUGCCUCCUUUGUGCCACUAAAAUGGUUUUUCUAAUUAGUUGCAGGAGCUGAAUGACAGCUUUGUCCGAUACUGUCAUACCGACACAGAGGCUUUUCUGAGUGAUAUCAACCGCUCACUGUCAUCCUGCAGACGAGUGUUUCAGCAGCUGGAGAGGAAGAAUGUCUCAGAACCUCUGGAGAGCGACUGGGACCAAAUUCAGAGCCAGGUCAGGUUCAAGACACACUGUAAAGGCGGCAUAGAAGUGUGUAAUCCUUGUCUGAUUCUUCUCCUCUAAGCCUUGCCUUUCCCUUGACAUGUCAACACUUGCAUGGGGACGAGAGCAUCACAGCUGUUGUACAGAAAGCACACAUCUCAGCAGAGGUCAUCAUUCACGUUAACCAAGUGAAUGGAAAUGAGGUUGCCUAAUAAUCCUCCAUGUUUACCAGAAAACAAAAGACAGUCUGAUAAUGCACGACAGCCUUUUCAAAGCCUGGACUGCUGCGGAGGAAUUGAAAAGACAUUACGAUUUGCUGUUCCAUAAGGCUUCAUUGUUGGCUUUCUGUGCAAGAAGCACUUUUUUCCAUAGAAGGGGGGGUGGGGUGUGUGCAAAGAAGAUGUCUUUAUUUUUUUUUUUUCUUCGUCUUCUUCAUCUUUUGGUGUGAAAAGGUUGAGCGCACGGCAGGAGUGGCUCAGCCUUGACAUGGAGUAUCAAGCAGGGAACGCGCUUUCAACACAUACCUUGCACCUUUUUCACGGGUGCAAACUCUAUAAAGCUCGUUAUGAGACAUUUAACAGCAAGAAAUGUUGGCCUCCAAACACAGGAAGAAGUCUCUGGUUAAUCAUUGGUGGAGCUGUGCGUGUGUUGCCUUGUUUUCAUAAGGAUCACUGAUAAACACGUUAUCACCUCAUGCUUGAUCAAACCAAACAGGUGGUUGCCAACAGAAGUCUUUUUAAAACAGCAAAACCAAAGCAAAAAAAUAAAUACUUAACAGUAGACUCUGAAGUUAGACUAAAAAUCUGUUGUUUCGACAGGUUAUCCAGAGAGGAGUCUGGGAUUGCCCCAUCUGCCUGACAGCUCUGAGCAGCCUGUGCCUCCAAACAGAAGCAGAUACAUCCAACCAUGGAGAACACAGACGCACCGUGCUUCUCUCCUGCUCCCACCUCUUCCACCAGCUCUGUUUGGAGGCUUUUGAGGCUUUUAACAUGGAGAGCAGACCCUCCUGUCCCCUGUGCAGAUCUGUCUACUACAAAAGAGUCAUUUAAGCAGGUCCAAACAUAUAAAUCUGCAUUUUUUCAUCACCUCAUGCAGUUGUAUUUGUAA